CCCUGCUCUGCCAGCAUCAACCGUCGCUCAAUCUUCCAACAAGCCUUGCUUCGCUUGCAAAGAGUGGACAAAACACGCUACUUCUUCUGCCUCAUUUACUUGCGCCCUUUACCCAGCAGUUUUCCAGGCCGACACAAAGCAGCCAAGAUGGCGAAUCCUCCGCAAGAGGUUUGCGUUUGAAUCGACUUGGGAAGCACCGGCAUUCGUGCAUUCGUCCUGGCAAACGACCAGUCUCACAAGUUCAUUCCGAACUUGCACCCCCUCAGCCAGGAUGACAAGAGCUUCCCAGCUCAUGGUUAUCCAUACGACUCCAAUGGACCCGUCUAUCUUCCCACCAUGCUCGAUCCGAAUCGAGAACAGGAGUCGUUGAAAUACGGCUUUUACCUUUUCUCAGGCGACCCAAACAACCUGUUUCCACAGUAUCCUCUGAUGAAACGGUUGCGCGACGCCGACAGCCCGGAGCUCCGUGCUAGGCUCAGAGAAGGAAUGAUCCAGAUGUUUAGGCAUCUAAGGAACAAGAUCGAGGAGAACCCGGUCGUUAGGCGUCGCGGCUGGGUCGUUGGUAAACUUUCCAUUACCAUUCCAAACCAAUGGACUCUUGAGUUCGAGGAGGUUUACACCCAACUUCUCGCCGAGGCCUUCGAAUGGGAGAUCGAAGUGGCCAGAAGGAAGAUCUUCUUUUACACGGAGACAGAGGCACUUGGCCAGUUGUUGCUCCAAUCUGAGGAUUUCGAGGAGGCGUCAGUGGCGCUCGCUAGCCAGAACAAGCACAAGGUGUGCCUAGUUCUUGAUUUUGGUGGGCAUAACCUGAACGGCUCAAAGUUUUGGGUCUACAGCGUCGAGGGUGGUGAGCCAAAGUUCUUCAAGCUAGGACCCGCAUUUGGUGUCGGCGGUGGAGGAGAACAUUUGCUUCACCAUGUUAUGCAGGAGUGCGAGAAGCAGUACCGAAGGAUGGUGAGAGACACUCCUCUCGCGGGCCAACCACUCUCUGGGCACGCAAAAGCCGAAAUUCGGGCCAAAUUCAUCAGGCUAGCCUUCCGUGAAAAUUGGGGGCCUGGUUCAUUCAUGCCAGACGAUGGUUUGGCCAUCGAUAUAUUGGACGAACACAACCAUCAUAGACGGUUCGUAUUCGACAGUAACCUCCGAGACCACCUCUGGAAUCAAGCAUACAAAGCCAUGCUUGACCUUGCCAAGAAGGAGCUGAUAAAGCUCAAGAUAAUUACUUCGAGGGAUGAGAACGGAAUCAUCCCGGAUGCGUUCAUCGUAAUCGCGGGGGGCUUGCCGGCGGCCACAUUUGUGAACAGUGCGGGAUUGGACAAUGACUCCGUUCGAAACGCUUGGGGAGCCGCUAUCGCAGCCCUCAAGCUAAUCACGGCUGAGGCCUUUUUCAAGCAAGGAGCAGCCAUCGGCAUCCAGGUCAAGCAGGCCGGCAGUAAGAAGUGGGACAACUCCGCAACCACAAUCUUUUACUAUUACACUCCUGACACCUCAAAUUCUUCAACAGUGCACUCGGACCCAGCAACCCAAAUUUACCGACUGCAUGCUCAGCACCAAAGAAGGCGAAACUUCGACCCGUUUUAUGCCGACCAGAACCCCAAUCUCCAACACGACGACCCCGAGACGAUUCCUCCGAUCAGUGCUGGAGGGCGGAGCUACAUUUUGUUGGACGCACAGCCCGUGGUCUUGCCCCGGUCUCCGCUCAAAGGCAGAUACUUUUGCUCGGUCCGGGUGGAGGGAGCGGGUGACAACAUGGAGCUCGUUGUAGAAGAGAAGCAGGUCGGGCCUCAUUUCAGGUCUGCCGAGAAGUAUUACAACUCAGCCUGGCACCGGCUCCCGCUAUACUUUGACGGUGGGAGCAGGUGUGUCUCUGUUGGAGAGCGGGGCGUAGAUCUGGAUGAUAUCAUUGUGGCCCUCCCUUCUCAGCCUCAACCCAGCCAUCAUGAUAGUGUUGCCCAGUUUCUCACACACAUAGCAAGCGGCCCUUGA